GUACUCAGAGCGCACAUCGACAGUGACUUCGCACACGGUCACCAUCUGGCCUGACACAUUCAGUACUUGGUUAUUUUUGCUCCUGUAGUCACGGUAUUUUCAGCUGCCACCUGAGGUACAACCCGCAAUCUGUGGCUGGCCGUUGAACAUCAUGUCGAGUCGUAAAUUCUCAAUUGUGAGCGGGUUCUUUCUACAAGACGACCAAGUUCAUGCCACACCAGCGACGAUCGGCGCUCUACCACCCCGCUUUGGUCUCGUAGAUGACUCUCCAGAAUGCUGGUCGAAGUUCAAGUCUCGUAUCGCGGAAUUAAACGACAAUGCAUCUUCAGGCACGACUUACAAGGUAUUUUUCCUCGGGAGGCAUGGGCAAGGAUGGCACAAUGUCGCCGAGGCCAAGUAUGGUACUCGAGCUUGGGACGACUAUUAUUCGAAGCUCUAUGGUGACUCGGAGAUGACGUGGGGACCAGAUCCCCUCCUCACAGCUCUGGGUGUUCAGCAAGCCGAAACAGCGCGUACAGCUUGGCUGAAGGAGAUCCCGAACGGCAUGCCUACCCCGCAGCGUUGCUUUGCAAGUCCGUUGCAUAGGGCCCUGAGCACUUGGCAAAUUACGUUCGCAAGCGACGAAAGCUUCCCUCAAGUUAUGCGGAAGGUCAUGAUUCUCGAGAAUCUGCGUGAAGAGCACGGUGUACAUACCUGCGACAUGCGCGACAGUCGUUCUUUAAUCGAGCGCAACUUCCCACCACCCACGUACGGUUUCGAACUUGGAUUCACCGAGGAAGACGCCGUCUGGCAAGCGGAUGUUCGAGAGACCAAGGAUCACAUCAAGGGAAGGGCGCAGUCGGUUCUAGACAGGAUAUUUGACGAUACUGAGGAGACCUACAUUUCUAUCACUGCUCACGGCGGUAUCAUCAACGGAAUCUUGGCAGCUGUGGGACGCCCUUCGUAUUCCCUGCCAACUGGAGGUGUUCUCCCACUCGUCAUUCGCGGCGACGAUGUAUGAGCAGGAUGGGUUGAAUACACUAAUGGCCUGAGCUUGAAUCUUGAUGCCUGAACUACGACAGGAGGAUGCCGGCAGAACAGUAUUAGCGAGAAAUAUACUAUAUCGUUAUGCGGCAGAGAUGUAACAUGUAGCGCGGUGCCCCUGUACGCUUUGAUACGCUUUGAUACAAGAUAAUGAAUGUACGGAUCUAGAUGGGCGAAUGUGUGAGGACGCUUUGACUUGGGAGCGAAGCUAGGAGGAGAUGAGCCGGAUUAGGAAUGGUUAUAUAGAUGGUCCGUGCGUGAGGAACACGCGACUUCUC